AUGAAGUCUAGAAAGAAUAAGGUGAAACAUGAAGACAUCGAUGAAUGCGCCAUUCAACCAUGUAAAAACGGGGCCACGUGUUAUGAUGGUGUGAACUCCUACAUCUGUAUGUGUCCGCCUGGAUAUACUGGACAGACGUGUGACACCGACAUCGAUGAAUGUACCAGUCAACCCUGUAAAAACGGGUUUACGUGUAAGGAUGGUGUAAACUCCUACAGCUGUGUGUGUCCACCUGGAUAUACGGGGCAGACAUGUGACUUAGACAUCGAUGAAUGCGCCAGUCUCCCAUGUACAAACGGGGCUACGUGUAAGGAUGGUGUGAACUCCUACAGCUGUGUAUGUCCACCUGGAUACACGGGACAGACGUGUGACAUAGUACCCGUAUUCAAAGCAAAUUUUACCACUUUGGGCGCUGAAGGAAGACUUGGUCCCACCUCUGUAGGCAGUCACUAUGAUGGACAAUCCCAUGAAGGACUGGUGAACGUCACUCAAGGAAUACAAAACUUUUCUGUCCCAUACCCAGGGACAUAUAGGAUAGAGGCAGCAGGUGCUGCGGGUGGAUGUGACACAUAUUAUUCCCCACAGGGUUGCGAUCUGCGAUUAAAGGGGGCGUAUGUUGCUGGGUCAUUUCAACUAUCUGCAGGAGAAACGUUACAUAUCCUAGUCGGCCAGAAGGGGGGAUAUAACAGUUAUGGUGCUGGAUCAGGAGGCGGGGGAGGCAGUUUUGUUGCCAACUCCACUAACUCCCCGCUCAUCGUGGCCGGCGGUGGCGGAGGUACAAGCCACAUACGAAGAUAUCACCCAGAAUGUGACGGCACCACCAAUCCAGAGGGCGGCACUGCUUACGGUACUUCAUGGACAGGUGGACGUGAUGGUAACGGGGCACCAGGGUAUCGUGCUGGAUGUGGAGGCGGUGGAUUCUACACAGAUGGUGGCAACAGCAGCAACUAUGAUUGCACGGGUGGCAAGUCAUUCCUGCACGGAGGGGAGGGAGGACUAGGAGUUCAUUACAGAUCUGGAUCAGAUGGGGGAUUCGGCGGCGGGGGCGGCUCUAAAGGCUCGAGUGCGGCAGGGGGCGGGGGUGGGUACUCCGGUGGCGCUGGAGGCAUCCACGGAGCUGAUUAUUGUGGGGGUGGAGGUGGUUCAUUCAACUCUGGCAUCAACGCAACGGGAAUCAACGGUUACAACAUUGGCCACGGUUUUGUCAUCAUUGAGUAUUAUGGUUAUUAA